AUGGCUGCCUGCGAUACUCGUUUCAAGCUCAACACCGGCGCUGAGAUCCCUGCUCUCGGCCUGGGAACAUGGCAGUCCCAGCCCGGCGAAGUCGCGCGUGCCGUGGCUCACGCUAUCAAGGUUGGAUAUCGUCACAUUGACGCUGCUCUCUGUUACGGUAACGAAAACGAGGUCGGUCAGGGUAUCAAGGAGGCCAUCGACUCCGGUAUCGUCAAGCGCGAGGACCUGUUCGUCACCACCAAGUUGUGGUGCUCGUUUCACGCCCGCGUCGAGGAGGGUCUGCAGCAGAGUCUGUCUGAUCUCGGACUCGACUACGUUGACCUCUACCUGAUGCACUGGCCCCUGGCCAUGAACCCCAAGGGCAACCACAACAUCUUCCCCAAGCUUCCCGAUGGAUCGCGGGACAUUGACCACUCCCACUCGCACGUCACCACGUGGAAGAGCAUGGAGAAGCUCAUUGGCACCAGCAAGGUCAAGGCCAUUGGUGUCUCCAACUACAGUGUCCAGUACCUGGAGGAGCUCCUCCCCCAGGCCACCAUUGUCCCCGCUGCCAACCAGAUCGAGAACCACCCCUCGCUGCCUCAGCAAGAGAUUGUCGACUUCUGCAAACAGAAGGGGAUCCAUAUCACUGCUUACAGCCCUCUUGGCAGCACUGGCAGCCCCCUCUUCACUGCCGAGCCCAUCGUCGCGGUCGCCAACAAGCGUGGUGUUACCCCCGCUACUGUUCUGCUCAGCUGGCACAUCGCUCGUGGCUCCUCCGUCCUGGCCAAGUCUGUCACCCCAGCCCGCAUCGAAGCCAACCGCGCCGACCUGAUCAAACUCGACGCCGAGGAUCUGGCUACCAUCCAGAAGUACAUCGAGCAGCUCAAGGCCGAGAACAAGUUUCAGCGCUUUGUAUUCCCUCCCUUCGGUGUUAACUUUGGUUUCCCCGAUAAGCAGUAA